AGGUCACGUGGGGCGCGUCGGCCAAUCGGCGCGCGGCGGCGGGUCCAGCCCAGCCCCGCCCGGCCGCUGUUGGGCAGUGGGACGCGGCGGGUGCGGAGAACGCGGCGGAGCGAGCGAGCCGGCGGGCGGGUGAGCGAGGACAAGGCCAUGGACAGCAAGAUCCAGCAGGUUCGCGACGCGUUCGCGUCCGGCCGGUCGCGCCCCCUGAGGUUCCGGCUGCAGCAGCUUGAGGCCCUGCGCAGGAUGGUGCAGGAGCGCGAGAAGGACAUCCUGGAGGCCAUCGCCGCCGACCUGUGCAAGAGUGAACUCAAUGCAUACAGUCAGGAGGUCAUUACCAUUCUUGGAGAACUUGAUCUCGUGCUGGAGAAUCUUCCUGAAUGGGUCGCUGCUAAGCCAGCUAAGAAGAAUCUGUUCACCAUGCUGGAUGAGGCCUACAUUCACUCAGAGCCCCUGGGAGUCGUACUGAUUAUCGGAGCCUGGAACUACCCUUUCGUUCUCACCAUUCAGCCUCUGAUAGGAGCCAUUGCGGCAGGAAAUGCUGUCAUUAUCAAGCCUUCUGAACUAUGUGAAAAAACAGCCACGGUCUUGGCCAAACUCCUGCCACAGUAUUUAGACCAGGACCUGUAUGUCGUUAUCAAUGGUGGCGUGGAGGAAACCACAGAGCUGCUGAAGCAGCGAUUUGACCACAUUCUCUAUACGGGAAGCACGGCGGUGGGAAAAAUCGUCAUGGAGGCCGCCGCCAAGCAUCUGACCCCUGUGACUCUUGAACUAGGAGGGAAGAGUCCGUGUUACGUGGACAGAGACUGUGACCUGGACGUCGCCUGCAGGCGCAUAGCAUGGGGGAAGUACAUGAAUUGUGGUCAGACCUGCAUUGCUCCUGACUACGUUCUCUGCGAACCAUCCCUCCAGAAUCAAAUUGUGCAGAAGAUUAAGGAAACCGUGAAGGAAUUUUAUGGAGAAAAUAUAAAAGAAUCCCCUGAUUACGAAAGGAUCAUCAAUCUUCGCCAUUUUAAGAGGAUACAGGGUUUGCUUGAAGGACAAAAGAUAGCCUUUGGUGGCGAGACUGACGAGGCCACACGCUAUAUAGCACCGACGAUCCUUACCGACGUCGAUCCCGAAACCAAGGUGAUGCAGGAAGAAAUUUUCGGACCAAUUCUUCCAAUAGUGCCUGUGCGGAAUGCCGAUGACGCCAUAAAGUUCAUAAACAACCGUGAAAAGCCUCUGGCUUUCUACAUCUUUUCUCAUAACGAGAAGCUCAUCAGACGGAUGAUUGACAGCACGUCCAGCGGUGGCGUCACGGCCAACGACGUCAUCAUGCACUUCACGCUCAGUUCUUUACCCUUUGGAGGAGUGGGUUCCAGUGGGAUGGGCGCUUACCACGGCAAACAUAGUUUUGAUACUUUCUCGCAUCAACGUCCCUGCUUACUGAAAACUUUAAAGAGGGAAGGUGCUAACAAGCUCAGGUACCCUCCCAACAGCCAGUCAAAGGUGGAUUGGGCCAAAUUUUUCCUCCUGAAACGCUUCAACAAAGGAAAGCUCGGUCUCCUGUUACUUGCUUUCCUGGGCAUCGUGGUGGCUGUGCUUGUCAAGAAAUACCAAGCUGUGCUGAGGAGAAAGGCCCUGUUGAUUUUUCUGGCAGUUCAGACUCUGUCGUCCAGUAAGCAGUGAUGAGAGCCGCAGAACUCAGGACCCAGCUCUGUCUGUUAAGAGUGAGGCGGGAUACUACUGAAGAAAGAUCCUGUUCAACCUCCUAGUUGCCUGUACUGAAUUAUGCCUCUCUUAAAUAGUUAACGAACCAGUCAUUUUAAAAUCCUGCCAAAAAUAGGAAGGAAAUACGCAAAUGCACCCUAAUCAAGCCUGCAAGUCAUUGCCACUCACCAUUAAUAAAACUUCCCGUUUCAUCUGACCCCCCCAGCCUUCCCCACUGUGGGGGUACACUCAGAGAACGUCUUUUUACGUUGUGUUCCUCAGCUUGUGGUGGGGGGCGGGGUGGGGGCGGAGAAGGUACUAGGCUGACUCCCAGGGAGAUGUAAAAGGAGUCUCUGAACCCGUUGAGUGACUUGUUACUCCAGUUCAUGGGACACAGGACCCCCCCACCCUCCCGCCUUCCGCCAUCACUCUGUGAAGCUUCCAGGGGGCUCCUCCCUGCCCGGGGUUAUCAACAGCCCUCUGCAGCCCGCAGAGGUGAGGAAAGAUCUUCCCAGCCCUCCUGUCAAACGUGCUGUCUGACCAGUGGUCUUCCUCCUUUCCCGUCCAUUCUCCACCCUCUCUUGUAUUUGGUUUGUGACAGUCUUUUGUGGCCAUCCGCAGAUGCCUUCUGUAACUAACGCCACGCAAGACUUCCCGCAGAUCCCAGGGCUUCCAGGGAAGACAGUUGCCAAUUUCCAUGCAAGUACCACCCAUCAUUCUUACUGGGCAGGAGUUGUAGAAUUCUGCAUCUUAUAAAACCUAACUGGCACUUUUAUUAUGCUGUAAUAAAAUUACUUACAACAACACUUAUUCUCAGGGGCGCCUGGGUGGCUCAGUCGGUUGGGCGUCUGCAGCACAGGUCACAAUUUCGCAGUUUGUGAGUUCGAGCCCCGUGUCGGGCCCUGUGCUGACAGCUCAGAGCCUGGAGCCUACUUUACAUUCUGUGUCUCCCUCUCUGUCCCUCCCCAACUCAUGCUCUCUCAAAAAUAAAUAAAUGUUGGGAAAAAAAAAGCAACUCUCAGGAUCUUAAAAGUUUCAAGUCAGUGGAUCUUCAAGGACAGAUCUUUUAAGUUUAUUUCUGUAGCACAAUGCAAAUAAAUUUCACUUUUUUAAACUUCAGAGAGAUCCCUUUUUGAAUAAAUUCAGCCUUCUGGACUUAACGUGGAAAGCCAUUUCCUGUCACGGGCCAGAGGCCUUGGAUAUUCUGGACUGUGGAGCUUGAGAGCCUCAGGGGGGCUGAUGGUGGAACAUUUGGAGAAAGGACUGUGUAAGCCACGGCGUCCCGCUGGAAGAGAAGGGGACAGAGGACACAGGAAGGGGAUCUCCUGAGCAUGGCUGAGACCUGAGGGACUUCAGCCAGGGUGGGAAGGAGCCCUGUGGAAUGCAGCCUCCCUGCCAAGCAUUGGUGACUCCUGGCUACGGUGCCUCCACCCUCCCUGCCCUCCCCCCACCCACACGUGAGAGAAUGUAAUUCACUUUAGAGAACGUGUAAUCAGCUGCCUUGAAUGAGUCUGUCCCAGGGAGGCUGUCUGAAGUUCACUGUCUUCAUCACAGGAUGCAGUGUCAAUCACUAGGCUAGUUUAAGAUGUCAGGAUAAUCGGUCACAAAAUACCUUAGACAAAAUUUCAAUACGGAGCUUUCGUUUAGCACAUUAAAUUGUGCCCUGUGAUUUCUAGUUACGCUAAAUCACUGGCUUGUCUGAUACUAUGUUCUGCUGCAAAAUAAAUACGUCGUAUUUGA